AUUUCUUUAAACUAAAAGUCCAGCUCCCAGUACCAUGUCCUGCUGCAACACCUGCAACACCUGCUCCACCAGCUUCUGCGGCUUCCCCAGCUGCUCUACUGGGGGGAACUGUGGAUCUAGCUGCUGCCAAGACAGCUGUGGGACCAGCUGCUGCCAACAGGGAGGCUGUGGCACCAGCUCUGGGAUUGGCUCUGGGAUCGGCUCUGGAGUAGGCUGUGUACCCACCUGUGAGACCACCUGCAGAACCAGGUGCUACGUACCCCAGUGCUGUGGAGGGGAGAGCUGCCGCACCAGGUGGUGCCGCCCAGACUGCAGGGUUGAGGGCACUUGCCUGCCACCUUGCUGUGUGGUCAGCUGCACUCCCCCAUCUUGCUGCCAGCUGCACCAUGCCCAGGCUUCUUGCUGCCGCCCAUCCUACUGUGGCCAGUCUUGCUGCCGUCCAGCCUGCUGCUGCUACUGCUGUGAGCCCACUACCUGCUGUGAGCCCACUACCUGCUGUGAGCCUACCUGCUAAGGACCAGGAUGCUGCCUCCCAGUGUACAGAGGACACAACAUCUCUAAAUUGCUUCCUGAAGAACUGACACUGUACCACUAAUA